AUGGCCUCGAAGCCAGCUCCAGCUCAUUCAAGAACGACAAACCGACCACAAAUAACACUUUUCGCCACCCUCUUCCAUGGCCAACCAUCAACCAAGGGCUCAAAUCAAAUAGCCAAUUCAGGAUUGAACUCAUCCAAGCAAGCGCUUUUGAAUACCACUCCCUCUGGUGCUCCUUCAUUCCUGUCUAACCCUUGGCGGCAAGAUCGAGAUCAACAAGAUCAGAAAAUUCAUGCCCAAUUUUUGGCAAGUAAUAACAAGAAGAGUGAGAGGAAGGGACGUGCACAAUCUGGAUCUGAUGCUACUACGACCUUGUCGACGGAUAAGCCAGCAGCUACAUUGAAAAAGAGACGGUCACUAUUAUCGCAUUUUGGAAGGAAGGGUGCUGUUGAAGCAGCCAAAAUCGAUGCAUUAGCUGCUGCAUCUAAUGCUGCUAUAAAGGCUCCAGUGCAGAAAGGACCUGUGGAAUCUGCUCCCAUCGAUGGAAUAGCUCCAGCUGCUGAACGUGGUGAAGUUGUUGCUCCUGUGCAGCCUGUAGCUUCCAGGUCAAGGAUACCGCCACCGCCAUUGAAAUCACCUCCGCCGCCUCCCUUGGUGAAGAAAUUGUCAUCGACAUCAGAACAAGUAUCCAAGAACACUAGUAGUAAACACCCACCAAGACCAGCCCAUACCUUACCAACCAAUGAGCCCAAAAAGCUGUUGAUACCCGCUGCCGCCUCUAUGGCUCCCCGAGAUCCCAUAUCACCAAGCUCAAUUACAUCCACAAGCUCAUCAUCGUUUUCGGUUUCAAACAAUUCUGAUAAUGGUGACGAUGAAGAACGCGAUGCCAGACAUUUAGAAGUCCUCAAGAUUAUGAAUGGGACGACAAAACUUCCGAAAGAUUUUGAAGCCAAGUAUGCUGUUGGUGAGUUGCUGGGAGAUGGUGCCUUCGGAUUUGUUUUGUCCGCCACACGGAAAAUAGAUCAGAAAGAGGUUGCAGUGAAAUUCAUAAUACGGAAGAAAUUACCCAAAGAUUUCUACACCAUGACAAAGGACGGCAUGUUGCCCUCAGAAAUAGUCAUCCUAAAGUCACUACACCACGCAAACAUCAUCCCAUACUACGAUCAUUAUGUGGAAGAAGUGCACAUAAUCCUGGUGACCGAGCUGUUUGGAACGCAGUGGGAUCCUACAGUACUUGAUCCAACAAAGAAUGCUGUACCAGAAAAGAAGAAACCGCUUGGCAAUUCUAAACCUGCUAACGCCAUUGUCGAAUGCUCGCCGCUGUUUCGAUUGACGGAGGAGCAAGAAAAGCAAAUCAAGAGACGAACUUCGUGUGAUUUGUUUGAGUGUAUCGAUGCUCACGGCAAGCUGCCAAUACCAAUAGCUAUAAAGAUAUUCUCGCAAAUCGUGCUGGCCGUAGAAUACAUGGACAAGUACCACAUCGUUCACAGAGAUCUCAAAGAUGAGAAUAUUGUCAUCGAUGCCGAUUACAAUAUCAAAAUUAUUGAUUUUGGAUCAGCAUCGUAUAUACCCACUACAGAAAACGGUUAUUUCAAGAGUUUCAAUGGGACUGCACAUUUCGCUUCACCCGAGAUUGCAAGAGGGUAUGCGUAUCGUGGACCGGAAGCUGAAGUUUGGUGUCUUGGAGUGUUGCUAUACACCAUCAUAUUCGGUGAAAACCCAUUCAAUUCGAAAGCAGAGAUAGUUCGUGGAGUUUACAAGUUGCCUGUUGAUAUCGACGAAGGCUUGAGGGACUUGCUGAACAUCACACUGGCAUAUGAACCUCAUAAACGCGCAUCUAUCAAAGAUGUUGCUCAUCACCCUUUUAUACGCAAGCAAUGCGAACAGUUGAGAUCUCGCACAUCAGAUACAAUGGAGCCAAGAGAUGCCGCCACCAAAAUUCAAUCAUAUUAUAGAGGGUAUAUUGAUCGGAAGCGUAUAAUUCCCCUCGUAAAGGCACACGUUGAGCGAUUGCAAGCAAGUGAUGAUCUAAGGAGGAUUGGAAAGUCUCUCUCUGCCAGGGAACGACUCUUAAUUAAAUUGAAAAACUCAUCACUCAACGACGUCAAAGAAGAAUCCGCACGCACAAUCCAGAAACAUUUCAGAGGAUACCGAUCUAGAUCCAGAAGUAGAGCGAAUUCUCCACAACGCCAGGGACCUGAUGCGGCUGAAUCUGCUACUGUGGUGGUACUCGACAUACCCGAACCAACUCAACAAGAGAUCGAACAUACCGUUUUAUCUGCCUUACGAAAAUCGGCUAUUCGUGUAUCAGAUCGAAUCAGUAACGAAGAAGGCAUACAUUACGGUUGCGAUUUGCACGUUAGCGAUGCCAAUGAGAAAUGGGACGAGUUUAGAAAAGAGUAUGCAUCGAGAUCUUUUACAGAUGAAAAGGAAUUACUCGCCAAAGCGGCUGAAACACGAACGUUUGUGGAUGUCAUAACAAGAACGUCAACAUUGACGGAAGAUUUAGAAUCUCUAGUGAUUCCAGAGCAUCUAAGGCCAAAGGUGCUAGAGCGGCACAGAUAUGAGCUGAAAGCCAUCCAGAAAAAAUGGUGGGAGCAAGAUAUACCUAUAUAG